AUGGGUUAACUAAAGUAUUUAACCAUUUUAUUACACUGAUCAGUGGUCAACGCUCGCAAUCUCUCCGUUGUUUUCUAAUUCUAAGCGAAACCGUUGUUGGAAACUUGAAUCGAUUGGGAUCCUGGUCUCAAUUCUUAUUCGGAUUUCAUAGCCAUGUUCAACAACUAUUGUAGUAGUACCAUGUUGUUCACAGGACCCUCUUCACUGUUUUUCCGCCCCAUUACCACCACUUCCAACAACAGGAACACAUACUGGAAGCCUACACAAGUAGCUUCAAGAAAUGAUUUUCGCCUCCCAAUGACUAGCUCAGCGGUAAAGAAUAGGACAUCAAUUGAGGACAUAAAGAGUCUGCGAUUGAUAACUGCGGUUAAAACUCCAUACCUACCUAAUGGCCAAUUUGAUCUUGAUGCAUAUGAUAACUUGGUGAAUAUGCAAAUUGCACAUGGCAUUGAAGGCAUUCUUGUUGCUGGUUCAACUGGUGAAGGCCAACUAAUGACCUGGGAUGAUCAAAUAAUGCUAAUUGCUCACACAGUUAACUGUUUUGGUGACAAAGUUAAGAUUAUUGGUAAUGCAGGAAGCAACUGCACAUCAGAGGCAAUUAAGGCCACUGAAAGGGGUUUUGCUGUUGGAAUGAAUGCUGCACUUCACAUAAACCCUUACUAUGGCAAAACCUCAUUGGAUGGUUUGGUUGCUCACUACAAUAGUGUGCUUUCCAUUGGCCCCAUCAUCAUAUACAAUAUACCAACAAGGACUAAUCAAGAUAUUCCUCCUAGUGUAGUUAGAAUCUUGGCUCAAAGUCCUAACUUGGUCGGUGUGAAGGAGUGUGUGGGGAAUGACAGGAUCAAAGAGUACACAAGUGAAGGAAUUGUUGUGUGGACAGGAAUUGAUAAAAUGAGCCAUGAUGCUAGAUGGUGUUGUGGGGCUGUUGGUGUUCAAUCUGUUGCUGCCAACUUGGUUCCUGGUUUAAUGAGAGAGCUCAUGUUUGAGGGCAAGAAUGUUGCUCUGAAUUCAAAGGUGAUUCCUCUGUUUGAUUGGCUUUCUCAAGAGCCUUCGCCUAUUGCUUUGAACACUGCUCUUGCUCAACUUGGAGUCAUCAAACCAGUUUUCAGGCUACCCCAUGUGCCACUCCCUGUGGACAAAAGGAUAGAGUUUGUCAAUUUGGUGGAGCAAAUGGGACGAGAGCAUUUUGUUGGAGAAAAAGAUGUUCAAGUUCUUGAUGAUGAUGACUUUAUCAUAGUUGGUCGAUAUUAUACUUAUUAGUGUGGAUUAGCUUCUUGAAUUCUUAUUUUAAGUUACACUUACUGUUGUCUUUUGAAGUUGAAAAGCCAGAUUAUGUACCAAAGAGUCAGUUCAAGUAAAAGCAAAAUAAGAUUUGGUUUUGGUUUCUCUUCGGUCACUAUUUGUAGUGGGAAACUGGUUCAAAAUUCCAUCAGCUUAUGGAUUUUGUUUGAACCUUGUUUGAAUAUUGGCAAUAAUGUACUAUUUAGACACAAACACUAGUGUAAGUAUGUUUGGAUAUAAACUUAUAAACACUUUUGUUAGUUUUUUUUUAU